AUGUCACAAACUACUUGUUGUGUUACUUACGGAUCUGAUGGUAUUUGUAGUGAAAUCCAUAUUUUACUGAAUCAUAUAUUGCAGUAACAACAUAUAGUUAAAAAUAAUUUAGUAAACUUCCAGUUAUUAUUGUGAUUAUUGCUAUUAUGCAAAUGACUAAUCUUAAUAACUUACCUACGCUCAUUUUACAACUCCUACACCAAGCAAAUUUGUAAUGCUAUUGUUUAAUAUUGAAGAAAUUUAAUAAUGUCAAUGGUCAAAAAAUACCUAAACUUCCCUCUUGUAUUAAUUUAGUCAAAUCUUCAAAACUAAUUCACUUAAUUGUUCAACCAAUACAGGAUUCAAUUAUAGAUGGGUUCCAACACUAAAUCAAAAUAGUUCACAAUUAGAAAUAAUGAUUAUUGUAAUGUUAAUAUAUAAUAAUUUUUAUUCAAAAAUUGAAUAAAAAUUCAGUUGUUGUAAAGAAAGUUUACAAUUUUUAUUUAAUAUUUAUUAGCUAAAUUUAUAACCUAUACUAAAUGUUUAAUGAUUAUCGUAAUUAUACCUGAAUACUGUGCUUGAAACUAGUUAAUUAAUUAGUAUGAUGGUUUCGCAAAUCCAUAAUAUUUUGGUCCUUUGCGAUAACAACUCCAAGUUUCUAUAAUAAACCUUGCGAUUAAAUAAUUUAAUAAAGAAUUCGCAGUACUAGCUCUUGGUCAGUAAGCUAAAAUUUAUUUUCGAUAUUUUCAUCUUGAAAUCUUUAUGGUGUCAAUCCUGGAGAAUGUGCUAAUUAUUCAAUUUAUUGUGCAGUAAUAUCUAUAAAAUUUUAAAAGUUUUAUAAAAGUAUAUUUGACAACACCAAAUCAAUUUUCAGUUACAUCUUCACUAAGAAUUGGAGGAGGAACAACAACUGCAUCCUAAUGUGAAAACACUUAUGUUAAUUUUGAUAUUGCAAAUUUGGUUAGUUUUUUAAAUGAAUUAUUAAUUAAUAAAAAUAAUAUUCAAACCAAUAAUUUUUGUAAAUAUACUACAUUUCUAUUUAUUUAGAUAUUGCAACUUAAUAGCUAUGUCAAAAUUUAAUCAUUCUUGAUUUUUGUGACAACCAACUAGAACAACAACAUCUGCUUCUUGUGUAGUUGCAAGCUUCUCCAAUUUUCUUAAUCAACAAUCAUGUACCUAUAUUUGACUUACUUACAACAACUGAUGUUACUUUAUGUUAUGGUAAACAACUGGUAAUUGUACAGCUGCUAAAAAUACCAAAAAUCUUGCUUCAACUAUCUGCUAUUCAAAUACCUUAAGGAUUGUCAAGAUGAACUUCCAUAAUUUUGUUUCUGGUUUUUGUGCAACAUGCAGUUCAGAGGGUCUGAAUCAAACUUACAAAUCUCCAUGCUCAUGCAAUGA